UAUCUUCUUAGAUAUCCAACAGUUUUGAGCUGCCACCUCCCUUAUCUCUUCCCUCCAAACUGCAUCAUCCUCACCCAGAGAGAGUGAAAGAACCAUGCAUUCCUCAAUCUGCAUGCCCAUUUCACCAUCUUCCCACACUCUUUUGAAAUCCAACAACAACUGUUUUCUGGGUGACCAUCUUUCUUCAACACCAUCUUUACCUCUCAGAAGAAGACCCUCUCUAGCUACCAGAGCCCUUCUAUCAACUACCAAAGAAGCAGUCCUGAAGGAUUUUCAUGAACGAAGAGCUCUCAAGAUUAUCUCAGGAUUGCAGAAUUUCAAUAAAGACAAUGUUGCUUCAGUUGUUACUGCUGCAGAGAAGGGGGGAGCAACUCAUGUGGAUAUAGCUUGUGACCCAGAGUUAGUGAAGCUUGCCAUCAGUUUAACUUCUCUCCCGGUAUGUGUUUCUUCCGUGGAUCCAGAAGCAUUUCCAGCUGCUGUUGAAGCAGGAGCACUAAUGGUUGAGAUUGGAAACUAUGAUUCGUUCUAUGAGAUGGGAGUGGUUUUCACUCCAGAGCAGAUAUUGAAUCUAACAAAGGAGACUAAGAGGAUUCUUCCAUCUGUGACCUUAUCAGUGACUGUGCCUCACACACUAAGCCCACCCGAUCAGGUCAAGCUUGCAGAGAAUCUGGAACAGGAAGGUGUUGACAUUAUUCAAACGGAAGGAGGGAAAAGUUCUUAUCCUUCAAAAUCUGGUGUUCUCGGUUUGAUUGAGAAGGCCACACCAACAUUAGCAGCUGCAUAUUCUAUUUCAAGGGCUGUCAAGAUUCCUGUAAUGUGUUCAUCUGGACUGAGUGCAGUUACAGCACCAAUGGCCAUCACAGCGGGGGCUGCGGGUGUGGGUGUGGGUUCAGCAGUGAACAAGCUUAAUGACGUGGUUGCAAUGAUUGCAGCGGUUAGAAGUAUCGCCAAUUCAUUAGAGGCAUCAGCCGGUAGACACAGCACAUUUGCAGAGAGAGCUUUGAAAAUGUGAUUUAUAGAUUUUUCGUGUUCAUUAUAGGAAUAAAAUGGCUUAGAUUGUCAAUGUUUCCAGCAGAACAUAUGCAUAAUAUUGGAAUCCCUUCCACAAGAACAAUUGACAUAAUAGCCAUUUUCUUUCUGUU